AUGCCGCAACCAGACAUCACAAAUCCGGACUAUAUAAAGUUCUUUAUAGAGAGCUGUGAGAAAACAGCGAGACUCCGACAGAAAUGGAACACUAUACACCAGGAGAAACUUAUGCAGGCGGCUGUUCUUACCCGGCCUGAUAAAAACCUUACAGACAUCGAUGUUAUUAAGCAGAAUAUGAUUGGUGGAUUGGCUGCAACAACUCGCGACUUCGUAUCAUCAGGCUACAACCGACGUCGCACCCCUAUCCACGACGCCAAAACCAUCCCCGGCAUAGAAUCCUUACGAAAAGAACACGCAAUCCCAGCCAUAGGUCUCGGAGACCCAAAGGAUGAUCCGAGACUCGGCCGUCCGGAUACGGACCUGAGCCCGGAUCCGAUUAUGAAGCCGGUGGAUCCGGCGCUUACGGAGGUUCUGUUUAAACCGAAACCGUUUUUUGGGCGAGUUGUGUAUCUAAAUAAGAGGACCAAGAUUAAGCCGGAGGACAGAUAUUACUUCGCCGAAAAAAGCGGCUGGGACUACGGCUGGCGCCUCAAAGACACUCCAUUCGGCCGCGUCAUCGCCCCACAGCACGGCAAUGUGUAUCGCUUGUUCCGAGACCAAAUGAGUCGUGUUGGACCUCAGCCGGACCCGUACUAUUAUAAGGAGCCGGAGAAAACUAUGGUGGGGCCUUGUGAUUAACCAUUUAACCCUAGUAGUACGAAGAUGUAACUUCACCGGCGGCGAUACGAGGGCUCUAUGAACAAUUCUGACCGGCUGAAAGCAAGUAGGUACCUACCUCUGUAUUGUUUUGUUAUAGGUUUUUACUUUUUUAGUUAUUUAGCGUUACAAAUAUAUUUUAGACAACCCCUUUUCUGUGGUUUGGUUAUUAAAGCAGUGGUCAUAUCUGUUUUUAAUCUG